UGGUCAGAACCUUUAUUUUGAAAAUCACUAGACGUGGAAGUUACCUAGCUGUGGUGACGCUUCAAUAACACGUUGAGCUAAGUUUUCAAUCAGUGAUAGUCUGUUUUAAAUCAUAUAAAUGCGUUUAUUACUUUUACAAAGGUGGUGAAUGUUGACCGUACCGUUUGCGGUCGCUGUCUCACGUGACGUCACACACCAGGACAUGCUUUUUAAUUAUCUUCAUCUGUGGCAUAUAGGAAGGAAGGAAGAAAACACUUGCACUGACAUACUUGAGCUGACAUUUUUUUAAAAAUGAAGUCUAUAUUGAUAUUUCUGCUACAUGCCAGCUCUUUCUGCUGGCUGGUCGGUGCCACUCUGUCAAAAACGGAUUCAAAAAAGUCGCAUAAAGUUGAAGCGCAGAGUUCUCCAGCUGAAUUGUCUGUGUUGGACAGAGGUCUUGUUGUGACAGAUGUGCAGUGGAAGGACAUAGUGAAGGAAGAAAAGAGAUACUGUGCUCAUAUUAAGAAGACGUUUGAAGGACCAGUGCUCGGAUAUAUCACGCCUUGGAACUCCCAUGGCUAUGAUAUCGCCAAGCAGUUUGGCUCCAAGCUGUCGUCGGUCUCUCCAGUUUGGCUUCAGCUCCGCCGACGAGCUCCUGGGACGUUUGACGUUACAGGACUCCAUGAUCACGACGCUGGCUGGGUCAAAGCUGUACGCAAGACGAACAAAAAAGUCAGAAUGGUGCCCAGAGUGUUGUUUGACGGCUGGUCCUACCAGGAUUACAUGAGCGUGUUUGGGAGUGAGGAUGAAAUCGAGGAGCUGGCAGGUGAACUAAUAGAUGUUGCUAAGACGGAGGGUUUCGAUGGAUUUACCCUGGAGCUUUGGAGUCAGCUGGGCGGGAACAAGAGAAAGGAGCUUGUUCAUUUGGUGAAACAUGUGUGUGAGACUUUAAAUGCUAAAAAGUUAGACUGCAUACUAGUUAUCCCACCAGCUGUGAUGAGUACGGGGAGCCCAGGGAUGUUUGGCAGGGAGGAGUUUGAUGAGUUGGCCCCCGUUGUUGAUGGAUUCAGCCUCAUGACCUACGACUACUCUAGUGGAUCCAGACCGGGUCCAAGCUCACCACUGCCUUGGAUCAGAGAUUGUGUUCUACAGCUUGCACCAAACACUCAGUGGAGAAAAAAGAUUCUGCUUGGAGUGAAUUUGUAUGGCCUUGAUUUUUCAAGCCAUGGGACAGAGCCAGUCCUGGGUGGGAGGUACAUUGAGAUUUUGCGAGAACAAAGACCAAAGAUGAUCUGGGAUGAAUACUCUGCUGAGCAUUACUUCAGUUACAAAAGAAGCAGUGCUGUGAAGCAUGUGGUGUACUAUCCUUCACUGAAGUCAAUCCAGAUGAGGAUCUCUUUGGCUACUGAGCUGGGAACAGGAUUAUCUUUAUGGGAAAUCGGACAAGGACUGGAUUAUUUCUAUGAUCUCCUAUAAAUGUUGGACUUUGUCAUAAAGGAAACAGUGUUUUUGG